AUGUAUCGAACAGAUCAACCUUCUUCGUCAGCAGAUUUUUUCAAUGAACAAAAUACUGUGGAAGAUCCGGCGUUUUAUGAUUGGUUUUGUGAGUUAAUUUUUUGUUGGCCCAAAAUUCAAUACAAUUUUACAGUAUCACCAAAAUAUGGGAAUCUAACUCCAUCAAAUGAAACAGACGUUCUUUGCGCCAAUUGCAUAGGCCAUCGAAAUAUCAUAGCCUGUGUCCGCUCAAGUGCAAUCGCUUUACUCGGAAUCUGCACCGCUGUAAUUUGUCUCGCCCGGAUAUCCAAACUCCAUUCAACAUCACAAUCGCAUCUCAAACUUCUAUUAUAUUAUAUUCUGACAGUUCAUUGUUUUGCUGGAUCAUUUGAAUGGUUAAUCGGAUGGACGACUCAAACAUCACUUUUUAUAUCCUAUACAAAAGCGAUUAUUCUUCUUGUCGUCUGUUAUUUUUAUUUGGAUAUUGCUUCGUCGAUGAUGCAUUGGAGUAGUACGGCUGGGAAACGAUUGUGUUUUGUCGCACUUUUUUUGCUCUUCACAUAUUUUACCGCGUUUCUUGUUAUGGGCUUUGUUUUAUCAUCGAUUGAACCAAGAUUGGAUUGUCGAGCACCCUAUUGGAUUUGGUUUUCCGUGGGACAAUGUUUUAUAGUUCAAUUAAUGGUUGCCUCAUUUUGUAUGAUUCUUGGAAGAAUGAAUCGGAUAUCAGCGCCAGUUCAAAUGAGAGCAAAUCAACGGAGAGAUGUUUUUGUGUAUGUUUUUUCCUUUUUUCUCUGAAUUUUUAAAAUAAAUAUUGUAUAUUUUUCAGAUUAAUGUGGACUUUUGAGACUGCAACUCUCACCGAUUUAGCUUAUCAUAUUGCUCUUUUUAUGUUAGCCGAUGGCGACAAUGCAAAUAGUUGUAGUGCUCUUUUUGUAAGUUUUCCCUCUAUUUUCUCCCAAUAUUCAUAAGAAUAUUCUAGGACCACGAUCAAAUUCGCUACUCAAUUCUCAAAGGGCCCUACGAUCUUAUCAAUUUUAUAAUGCCAGUCUGGGCGGUUUUAUACGUUUUCCGCACAAAAAUCAAAACUCGAUCGGAUAGUGAAACAGAAACCGGAUCGACCGCCUCAACUCGAUCCUCAUCGCAUUCGAGAAAUGUUCGGAUUGCUGAUGUUGUGACUGUUCGGAAUUGGAGAAGAAGAUAUCGACCGUUGACACAACCGUCGAUUAAUGAACGGCCUGUUUUGCAUUCACAAUGGAGACAGCAACGAGCAAAUGCAACGCCGAUUAAUAAUCCUGUUGGACAAAGGUUGGCUUUUUUCUGAAAUUUCACAUUUUACUACCCAAAUCUUUUCUGGAACGAUCAACAAUAUUUCUCUAAAUCUCUCAGUUUUGGAUAGUCUUUUCAAUUUUUGCAGACUUCGAUCAGUUUCAUCAGCUCCAAUGAUACGUCGAGUUUCAAUUUCUCAUUCUUCAAUUGUCGGUUCUCCACUCUACAGUAUUCCCGAAGAAUUUCAAAAUUAUGCUCCAAUUCAUAAUUCAUCAUUGGAACAUCUAUCAACUGAACCUCUAUUAAAUGACUAA